AUGAUGAGAUAUACUUUUUCAUCUGGCCAGUUCAUACUGCUCAGUUCCGUCAUCGUAAUAAUUUCAACAUUUUUUGAUUGUCAUGAAAUUUGUAAGAAUCCUGGACUAUUGGAAUAUAGCAAAUUAAUUUUUGGAGACGACUCACAUGAAUACUCUCACUAUUAUUACUAUUUCCAGACAAUCCGCCGUAAUCAGCCUUCUCCAGUUGUAGAUGAAAAUUUUGUAAAAUUGGCUGCUGGCGAGGAAGUCCCUCUGAAAUUCCCGUUUAAAUUCUAUGGCACAGACGUCAGUGAACUAAAGAUGUACACUUAUGGUACAAUAGAAGUGAAAGGAAAAAAUGGAUCAGGAACGAUUUACACUGAAUUACAAAAGAGUGAGAUCGCUGAACAAAAAAUAAAAAUUGAUCGAUUAGAGCAAGAGAAAACCAAACCUUCAAAUAAUGAUAGUUGGAAAAACAAACACACUAAUGGCAAUGAUGAUAUACAGUUAUUAUUGAAUGAAGAAAGUCUAUCCCCUGUAAACAUCAAUAAAGCUAAUACAUCGCCAACAAGUCGAAAACCAGUGGAUGAAGCAAUUAUUAAGGCAAUUCAAAGACCUAGAAAGUGA